GCGGGCGAGCGCGAGGGAGCGCGCGGCGGGCUCCUGGGAGCGUGCCCGGACUGCGGCGCUGCUCUAUUCGGCCGCCGGGCCCCGCGGAGCCCCCGAUCCGUGCAGCGCGGCUCCGGCGCGAGGCGGGUGCCUGCGACACUGCAGGGGUGGCGUAGCGGCUGGCAGUCCAGCUCCUGUGCUAGCCAACGGCGCGAGGCCGGCACUGGAGCAGCCAAGCAGAGGCAGAGACUGGAGUCGGACCCGCGGCCCCACGGAGGAACCCGUGUCCCUGUCACCUCAGGGAACAGCAUGGCCGUGGAUGUGACAGAAUAUCAUCUGAGCGUCAUCAAGAGCCCCCCUGGCUGGGAGGUGGGUGUCUACGCGGCCGGGGCCCUGGCACUGCUUGGAAUCGCGGCUGUGAGUCUGUGGAAGCUCUGGACAUCGGGGAGCUUCCCCAGCCCCUCCCCAUUCCCUAAUUAUGACUACAGGUACCUGCAGCAGAAGUAUGGAGAGGCCUACGUGGAGGCUAAGCUGAAGAGAGUCCCUCAGUGGAAUGCCCAACGGACCAACACUCGGGGACCAUCCAGCCGCAAAGGCAGCCUCAGUAUUGAGGACACCUUUGAGAGUAUCAGUGAACUGGGACCCCUGGAGCUGAUGGGUCGGGAACUGGACCUGGCCCCCUAUGGUACUCUCCGCAAGUCACAAUCGGCUGACUCUCUGAACUCCAUUUCCUCUGUGAGCAACACCUUUGGGCAGGAUUUCACACUGGGCCAGGUGGAGGUGAGCAUGGACUACGACUCAGCCUCCCACACCCUCCACGUGGCAGUGCUGCAAGGCAAGGACCUCCUGGAGCGCGAGGAGGCCACCUUCGAGUCCUGCUUCAUGCGCGUCAGUCUGCUGCCAGAUGAACAGAUCGUUGGCAUCUCCAGGAUCCAGAGGAAUGCCUACUCCAUCUUCUUCGAUGAGAAGUUCUCUGUCCCCCUGGAUCCCGCAGCCUUGGAGGAGAAGAGCCUCCGAUUCUCUGUGUUUGGCAUUGAUGAGGACGAGCGGAACGUGAGCACUGGAGUGGUGGAGCUGAAGCUGUCUGUGCUGGACCUCCCGCUGCAGCCCUUCAGCGGCUGGCUGUACUUACAGGACCAGAAUAAGGCUGCUGAUGCUGUGGGAGAGAUCCUGCUGUCCCUCAGUUACCUGCCCACAGCCGAGCGUCUGACUGUGGUUGUGGUGAAAGCCAAGAAUCUUAUCUGGACCAACGACAAGACCACAGCAGACCCCUUCGUCAAAGUAUACCUGCUGCAGGAUGGGAGGAAGAUGAGCAAGAAGAAGACGGCCGUGAAGAGGGAUGACCCCAACCCAGUGUUCAACGAAGCCAUGAUCUUCUCGGUACCAGCCAUUGUGCUCCAGGACCUGUCUCUCCGAGUGACCGUGGCUGAGAGCAGCAGUGAUGGCCGUGGGGACAACGUGGGACAUGUCAUCAUUGGUCCAGCGGCCAGUGGCAUGGGCACCACACACUGGAACCAGAUGCUGGCCACACUGCGCAGGCCUGUGUCCAUGUGGCACCCAGUCCGGCGAAACUAGCAGCCAAAGCAGGCCAAAUGGGCAGCAGAGCUGUCAGAGCCUGGCACCAUCUCAGUUCUACCCAGCGAUGCCCUCUCUAUAGUCAGCUGGAGCUGUCGACACCGGGGCCGCCUCACCUCCUAGGGGGUCCUCAUCAGUCAUCUUGGAUCCUCUGUCCAGACUGUCAUGGAGGAAUGGGUGUGGCUCUUCACCUGGGGACCUAGGGUAAUUUCCCCACUAAGGACUACCUGGAGCUGGCUGGAGACCCAACAGACUGACCAAGUGUGUUCUAGGGAGCCUAAUGAAGUAUGUCCCUUAGCCUGCAGAGGCACGUGGGUUUCAGAGCUGGUCAACACCCCUUCUGUGAUUCUCGUAAGCUGUUAAGAAGUCUUGGGGGGCUAGUCCCUGUACUGACAGGACUAAUGUUAACGAAGUCAAGAGGGCCCCUUUCCCAUCCUGGUGGAUAGCUCAGUUCUGAUCAAGUGACUGCCCAGCCAGAUGGACUUGGGAAGGAGCCCUCAGGUCUGGGGGAACAGGGAGGAUCUCUCAGACAAGAAAGAAGCUGCACUUUGAGGGUUUGGGAGUAAAUAGCAUCCACAUUUAGAAGGGGUGUAGUGGGUUGUAGUGAACAGUCAAACAAUAGAAGGGACGGGAUACAAGCUAGCCCAUUCUAAACACAGACUCUGCCUACUGCAGUGGGGACAAGAAAAGGCCAGGAGACCAGGCCCAGCAGAAGCCUGUAGGCCACAUGACCCUCCACCCCUGAGAGAACCAGCCGUCCCCAGGGGCCCAGAUCCGCCAGUGCUAGCUGGUGUCCCUACAGGCCAGGCCUCUCUCAAAGGAAAGCUCUCAGGCAGGCCUAAACCCAAUCCUAGGAAUAGUGGGCAUCUUGGGUCAAGUUCCCAACACAGACUUCAGGGAUAGUUAGCGUAGGCUGGAGCCAGUAGGAACUCUGGGGAAAUGAUGUUCAGAAGGCAAGGGCCAGGUUGUACAACCACUAUCAAAAUCGUUCAUUGGCUCCCACCUGGCCAUAGUUAGCGGGGGUAUCACCCCCCCCAAUUUCAUAAAUGUCAUUUGAUAAUGGCAGUCCCAGAGAAGGGAUGGCUUUUGGCUUCUCUCUGGUACCUGCAGAUUUAAAAGGAUAGUGGGCAUGGGAAGUGAUAAGACGAGGACUCAGGGGGCUGCCUCUGGUCCUUGGCCCUAAGGAAUCAUGGAUACCCAGAUCCAAUCAGGAACCAUGGAGACCCAGGUCUAAUCAGUUACCAUGUAUGACAAGGGGAGGGGUGGCUAGAACAGGAACACACGUCAACAGGCCUGGAGGCCGGACACCUGACGUAACCGGACCCGACUGAAGCCAGGCUUCUCAGCCUGGGGCCAGUAUCAAGAGGUGAAUACUGGACCCGGGAUACUGGUGGCUGGGCCAGGACUUGUCAUCUGGAAGCCCCGGACUCUCUCUAAGCCAGGGGCUUUGCAGGGCAGAACACAUCUCCCAACCUCCAUUCCCUUGUUCCUUCCUUCUAUACUGCAUGAGACGUUGACCGUGUGCCCGGGUGGCUGUGGUGCUGAGCAAGAACGCUGACUGGAAUGAUUCUCGAACCAAAAUAAAGCUGGAGCAGAAGGGGGCUUACAGGGAGCCCUGCUCAGCCUAGA